AAACGUCACGGUUAGUUGCGUUCGGUCCGAUCAGAGAGUCUCUCACCAUGUGGAGAAGAAUUCUGUUGAGAUUGCCGAAGCUCCCUCCCAUCUCCGCUCUGCCCCAUCGAUUCCUCCAACCACACGUCCUCCUUCCCCCAUCGUCUCUCCCCCUUCCCAAAUUCUCCUCCUCCGUCUCGUCCCAAAGCACUCCCAUUCUUUGUCAAGAUGACAUGGACGAUUGCGUUCUACGAGAUGACCACGACGGCUUACUUGGAGCGGCACCGGCGACCGAGAAGUUGGACGGCAAACUGAUCCAAGACGUCGAGCAGGUCAUCGGCUGCCUCCGCGAUUUCGGUGCCGACAACGCGGCCGCCAGACUGAGGCUGGAGCACUGCGGCGUGCAAGCCUCGCCGGAGUUGGUGGCCGCUGUCCUCUCCCGCCUCCGUAACGACUGGGGCGCCGCCUUCACCUUCUUCCUGUGGGCCGGGGCACAGCCGGGGUACGCCCCUUCCGUCCGCGAGUACCACUCCAUGAUCUCCAUCCUCGGGAAGAUGCGGCGGUUCGACACCGCCUGGUCCCUCGUCCACGAGAUGAGGCGGAGCGGCGGCGGGAGCGGCCCGUCCCUCGUCACGCCUCAAACGAUCUUGAUCCUGAUCAGGAGGUAUUGCGCCGUCCACGACGUCGGGCGGGCGAUCACCGCCUUCUACUCGCUAAAACGGUACGGGUUUUCACCGGGGAUCGACGACUUCCACGGCCUUCUCAGCGCCCUCACCCGGUACAAGAACGUGGAGGACGCCGAGUACCUGCUUCUGUGCAACGAGAAGGAGUUCCCGUUUGAGACGAAGAGCUUCAACAUCGUUCUCAAUGGGUGGUGCAACAUCAUGGUCCGAAUUGGGGAGGCCAAGAGAUUCUGGAAGAACAUGGCGAAAAGAGGAAUCCAGAAGGACGUCGUGUCCUACGGGAGUAUGAUCUCCUGCUACUCCAAAGCAGGUAAUCUUAAUGACGUUCUGAAGCUCUUCAAUCAGAUGAACGACAUGGGCAUCCAGGCAGAUAGGAAGGUCUACAAUGCGGUCAUUUAUGCUCUGGCUAAAGGAAAGUGCGUGGAGGAUGCCAAGCGUCUUGUGGCGACGAUGGAGGAUAAGGGUGUCGCUCCUAAUGCGGUCACCUUCAAUUCGCUGAUAAGGCCACUUUGUAAGGUUCGGCGGGUUGACGAUGCACGGAAGCUAUUUGAUGAAAUGCUGCACAGAGGGCUGUCACCUUGUGUAAGGACCUACCAUGCCUUCUUUGAUGCGGCAAAGAAUGUGGAAGAUGCGUUUGAGCUGUUGCGUAGAAUGAAGGAAACAGGAUGCGUCCCGGCAAUCGAAACAUACAUCAUGUUGAUUAGGAAAUUGGCUAGAUGGAGGCAGCACGAGAGCGUCUUUAGGCUGUGGAAUGAGAUGCCAGAGAAUGGGUUGACUCCCGAUAGAAGUGCCUAUAUCGUCUUGAUACACGGCCUGUUUUUGAAUGGCAAGUUGGAGGAGGCUUCCGCAUAUUACGAGGAAAUGAAGGCAAAAGGUUUUCUUCCCGAGCCGAAGACUGAGGAGAUGAUCCAAGCAUGGCUUUCUGGUAAGGAUUUCGCGAGUCCAUUGACAACGGUAGAGUUGGAAAGCAAGCAAAGAGCUCUUAGGAGCUCAGGGAAGAAGCACAAACGUGUGUCUAGAAGAGAAUACUUCAAACAGCCUGAAACGAGAAAAAUUACCAGAGAGAGAGGUUUCUCUCUGUACGAUAGCUGACGACAUGCAUAUUUAGUCUCUGCAAGUAUCCUUCGGUUUCAAAGGUACUCAACUUAACUAUUCCACAGCCUCUGCACAUUAAUUAUUAGCUUCAAUUUAUGAAACUCUUGCUAGUGAUUUGUGCAUGUGUACACUAUGUUACUAUUAUUACAACAUCUUUUCCAUUCCAAAUAA